AUGAUCUGCCGCCGCUGCCGAACGAGCAUCCUCUCCCAGCUCCAACCCCAACCCACAGUCUCAUGGACAGCAUCAUCCUGCGCUCGCCAGCUUCCCGUCCAGCGCAGCCAAUUCCGGACCUACAGUGACGGCAAACCCACAGUAUUCGCCACGCCUCCUCCACCCGCUCCUCGCCAGCCCGUUGGCGGCGACAUCACCAUCCCCUCGGCCAUCUCGUCCGCUACACCCGGCGUGUCGCAGCCGCUGAGUACGCCCGAAGGCGUCCACGUGGACGUCAACCCCGAGAAGCCCGUGAAGGUUGCUGCGGAGCGGACGCCUAGCAUUGCGCCUGCGGGGACAAAGCUGAACGGGCUCAAUUACUUCAAGAACAAGCCGGAUGUGUUUGCGUUGGAAGAUUCGGAGUAUCCCGAAUGGUUGUGGACUCUGUUGGAGGACGGUUCGAAAGCGAAGAAGGAGGGAGGGGUGGAUCCUAGCACUUUGAAUAAGAAACAGCGCAAACGCUACGAGAAGAAAAUGGCUGCUCGGGCGGCGACGCUGCCGCCUCAGAUCCCGGUUCAUCACCACGCUAAUGAUAUCACGCCUGCGGAGUAUAAUCGCGAAGGGGCGGAAGAUCUUUUCGCGUUGGCGGCUGAGAGCAUUGAGAAGCGGACGGAGAUUACGAAGAGCGCGAGAGAUGCUCGGAGGAAGGCGAUCAGAGAAGCGAACUUCCUGCGGGGUCUGUGA